AUGCAGCCGCUUCUAAAAGAGCCCAUAAACCCAAGUAGGACGUGUCCUGUUGCCGCCGCAAUUGGUGUUGCUACAAUUCGAGUGCUCAGGGCCAACUGUUCAGUCCUUUCCUCUUGUACUCGUCAUGUUUUAGUUGGAAAUGUUCUCCAUUGGACACUUCUUCCUCCACCCACUCAGCUCGCACAUUCUAAGAUUAGAGUUGCGGCCGUUGUGGAUUUAUUCGGUCGCCUGUUCCAGUUCUCGGACUGA